UCCCCCUCCGCUUCGUCUUCAUCAUCAUCAUCAUCGAUCUUUCAUAUUCAUUUUCUCUGCAACUGUGUUUUUCUCCUCUGUUUCUGAAAUGAAGAGCUCUCUGUCUUCAUCAACCCCACCUUCUUCUUUUUUCCAUCCCAACCUUAUUCUUCUUCUUCUUCUUUACCUUCUCUUCUUUGUCUGCUCUGUGAAUUGCAGAAAUUUGCCACCUUCCACAACCGCCCUCCACCACCAGAAUCACCGCCUUCAUCAUCGUCGAUGUGAAUCUUUCUCCAAAGAAACCCCACGUUCUCUGUGCUUCCAGCUUCAAAGAAUCCACAAGUACUACUACUACUACGACACUACUCUUCAUCGUCCUCUUCCUUCCCAGAUGACGAACUCUGACAAAAACAGUGAGAUUGAUCCCAGAUAUGGCGUCCAGAAGAGAUUAGUCCCCACAGGACCAAACCCACUUCAUAACUGAUCAUCCUAUCACUCACUCACUACUUUAUGUCCUAAGAUCCUCAUUUAGCAAAACCCAUUUUCUUCUUUCUUUUCUUUUUAAGUGUUCUCUUUCUUGUUAUCUAUCUUUUCUACGUUUUAUGAUUAUAGAUACCGAAAGGCUAACCCUUGUUCAAGUUCUUGGAUCAUCCAACGAGAUAGAGAGAGGAGACAGUUUUCUGCAUCAACAAUGGCUACCGCAGAGAAAGAGACAGUCUUUGGCAGGCAUGGCUCCUUAUAUAUAGAGAGAGAGAGCGAGAGAGAGAGAGAUAAACAGCAUAUUUCUCCGAGACAACCUAUGCGCUUCUGUACUGUGGUGAUAAUCAGUUGAUUAUUAAGGUUCUUUUCUGAUCCUUUUUUCUUUUUUCUCUUGUCCCUUUAGGAAUAACAUACAGGCAAAUUAUUAGCUGCCAUUUCCAUGCUUGUUUUUGGGGAGAGUGAUGCAGAUGAAGAGAGAGAGUAGAGAGAGAGAGAGACUUAAGGUAGGAAGUUUUGUAGAAGGAAAGAGAAGAAGAAUCUGAAAACAAGCAUGGAAAUGGAUGUUAUGGCUAAGGAAAUGGAUGAAUUGGAAUCAAGAGUAUCCCAUGAGUUGCAUUAAUGCUGGGGAGCCACCUUGUGACAAAGACUUUACUAUUUAUGUGGAGUUGCUUGCUCUGUAUAAUUACCUCAAAUUUGGCUUUUAUUCAUCUUCCUGGUGUCAUGUGUGGAUCACCAACAUUUCAAUCUCUCUCUCUCUUUUUAAAUUUGUUAUAACCUUUUAUAUUCUUCAUGUAUAGCUCCUUGUUUCAAUUAAUGAACGUGACUUGGUAUAUUUGCAUUUAA